CGGCGCCCACCCUGAGGGUUCCCCGUGAGGGGCGGGGAUGCCGACGGGGCUGGGAAAACACCCGCGGUCACACGCUGCUGCUCGAGUCCGUGGCUCAGUGGCGGCAGGAAGGUCGCAUUGCCGUCUGGCUCCGUGUCCCCAUCCUCCAGAGCGGGCUUGUGGCAACAGCUGCUUCCCAAGGCUUUGCUUUCCACCACACCGAGCAGGGCUCAUCCACCCUGACGCUGUGGCUGGGAGAGGGGCCCAGCAGGCUGCCAGGGUUUGCCACCCACCAGGUGCUGUUCUAGAUGAAAGCACUGGAAAGGUGCUGGUUGUACAAGACAGAAAUAAGACUAUAAAUGCAUGGAAAUUUCCAGGAGGUCUGUCUAAUCCAGGAGAAGACAUUGGAGACACAGCAGUUCGAGAGGUUUUUGAAGAGACUGGCAUCAAGUCAGAGUUCAAGUCCAUCCUAAGCAUCAGGCAGCAGCACCAACACCCCGGAGCCUUUGGGCAGUCGGACAUGUACAUCAUCUGUCGCCUGCAGCCCUCCUCCUUCAGCAUCAGCUUCUGCCAGCAGGAGUGCCUGAGGUGUGAGUGGAUGGACCUCGAGGAGCUUGUCAGGACAAAAAACUCUACUCCCAUCACCAGCAACGUAGCCAAACUCCUACUGUAUGGGUACAGGGAAGGGUUUGAUAAGAUCGACAUAACCAUGAGGGAGUUCCCAGCUGUCUACACAGGCCUGUUCUACAAACUGUACCACAGGGAGCUGCCCGAGUCCUACAGAAACAUUACAUGAGAGCAAUACAUUUCACAUUUCGUUAGAUUAAUAAUUUAGAAUUAUUACUGCAGUGUUGCACAUUAAAUUUAUUCAUGGACUUCUUUUUAGGUAAUUAUUAGUAAGUAAUUAUUCUCUAAUAAGCUAAGAGAUAAAUUAUUUUUAAAGGUAAAUAUUGCUGCAAGUGUGCAUCAGAUUUGUUUUCCUUUACUCCAUAAAGAAAGCAUAAUGUAAAUAAAACAGCUCUGCAGAGAUACCUAGAAGAAAACAGAUGUGUUAUUGAUCUUGAAAAUAUAUUUUCCAAGUAAUUUUACCUCCACACACACUGGCACAAUAGGUUUAAAGAGCAAUAUAAAGACAGUAUGAAACAUUCAUGUUUUAAACUGGUAUCUGGAAAAGUAGUUAAUAUCAGCAAAUAAUUGCUUAUAUUUUGCUACUUCGGGGAGGAGUAGGAAAGUCGACGUCUUUAGUGUAGUGUGGCAAAUGUGCUCGGAAUCCGCCAUGGGAAUCAGCUUUUGGCAGACAUGGGAAGAAAAAGGAUAGCUUUCUGUCCAGGUCCAGUUUUUGGUCCAGGUUUGUACUGUCCAGUUCUUUUCAGUGCCACGUACCAGUCGGAGUAUUUCCGUGAUCGGUAAGUGUUAUAGUUAUUAGAUUCCAAACGCUCAAAGAAGAAACAUUCUUCUGUUGCAUAUUUCUAAAAAGGGGGAAAAAAAAAAAAGAUUAUCAGUAUAGCAUCCAAAAACAAUUCUUCAGACUCACGGGACUAACUUAGCAAAAUUGUGAGUUAGGAGUACCUCUGUCUUUAAGAAAUGGAUAUGAAACAUUUCAUGACAGAAGAAUGAUAGUUAUUUUGAAAAUAUUGUUAAAAACACCUACAAGAAGAAGAGGGUUUAACUGUCGUUCAUUUGUAGCGUCUAACACAAACCAAGCAGGUUCUAGUUUGUUUUCACUGUGUAAUUCUUUGUUCUGAUCAGAAAUUCAAACAUUUAAAUGAAGGACCCUGUCCCUUGGCACUCAGUGUCUUCCAAGCUCAGCAGCUUUGCCAUCUCCUCCUAGGUUAUAGCCAAAAAGAAAAGCAGGGUGUAAGAGAAAAGGCAGCAUUUCCCUUGCAUUCCUGAACCCAGCAUUUUAUCCAUUAGAUAAAUAGCAUGGCAGAGUUCCAGCCUUUGCCUCUUCUUUUCCAAUUUCAAGGUUUAACUUUUCCUAAAGCUAAUUCAAGUCUGUGUUUAUAGCAUUCCAAAACAGUCUUUUCAAGAUUUUUUUAGAAUUCAAAAAAAUAACGUUAAAAAUUAAAGAGGUAUAUUCCACACGGGGACCAGGCAUGCCAUAGUAUUCAGAAGUACAUCUAUGGAAUUACUUUACUUCUGGAAGGAAGUCUUCAAAGCCAGCUCCACCUACACGGAAUUAACACGGCUCUCAGCUGUCACGGUGGUAAAUCCACCUGCAGAACUGGCACUUCAGGCAAGAGAAAUUAUUUUCUCAAAUAUAAAAAAGGCAGAAGUUCAACACCCCAAGAACUUGGAGGGUGCAUUUUCUUUUCAUAAACACCACCUCUCCGUCCAUCAGUUCAGUCAGAUUCAUUUCCCCUGAAAAUUUUUGGGAAUGCCAGAGGAGCAGAAAAGCUCGUCAUUAAAAAGCAAGCGUGUAAAAUACUGGGGAGCAGACAGGGAAUGUGAGGCAAUCCCUGAAAUUAGCAGGCUACCCUUUGUUAUCAUCUUCUGUUAAUAUUCAUUAAUAUAUAAAGUGAGCUUGGAACAAUUAGCCUUCAUACAGAAGGCACAAAAACAUACAAGAGAAGGGUAACUCCUCAUAUAUGCCAAGAUUCUGUAGCUACAAACAAUUAAAUCCUUCAAGUGCAAUCUGGAAUAAAGUGAUCU